AUGGAAGAAGUUGGGAUUCCUGUGUUGGUCGAGAUCGUUGAGGUGUUCAAGUACGAUCCGACGGUCCACAACGUGGUGGCGGUGGACAAGGGAGGGUAUGGAAGCUGCAGGACACCGGCUGGUGCCAGAGUGUACAAGACAGGGAAAGAUCUGAUUCAGCUGAAGAAGGGAUUCAAUUUCUUCAUCUGCAACUUCCCUGGGCACUGCGAGUCUGGAAUGAAGAUUGCCGUCAAUGCCUCUUAA